AUGGACACCCUACUAACCGCAGAGAUAUACGCAAACUCUCCCCGCUUCAGGCGGCGGUCGAGUACCUUUGUAGAUGCAAUUCACGAUCUACCCGACAAGGAGGAAAUGGCCCCUGCUCAACUGUACAGUACCGAAUCUGGCCGACUGUUCCAUUCAGGACGGAUUGUAAUCGCUACCGUUGGUCUUCCAGCCAGAGGUAAAACGCACACCUCUGUUGCUGUGGCUCGCUAUUUACGUUGGCUCGGCGUCAAGACUCAUGUAUUCCAUCUGGGAGAUUAUCGUCGUGCAACUCUUGGGCCAGGCAAGGAUGUUCCGGACGACUACUUCUUUUUGAACGCCUCACCGCAGUCUGUGCUACUGCGAAACAAGAUUCUGAAGAAAUGUCGCGAAGACAUUUAUCAUUUUCUGGAGAAUGAAAAGGGACAGGUCGCUAUUUACGAUGCGGUCAAUGCAAUGACAGCAGGACGGAGAUCGCUCGCAAAAGAAUUUGCCAAGAACGGUAUCCAGACAGUCUUCAUCGAAUCACAUUGCACUGAUGAGCGCAUCAUCCAGGAAAAUGUUCGUCGGGUCAAAAUCUCUUCCCCAGACUACCAAGGAUGGAAAGACGAGGAUGCGGUCCAAGACUAUCUGGCGCGAAUCAAUUCGAGGAUACCGCACUACGAAACCAUGGAAGAGCCCGAUUUGCACUGGAUCAAAAUGAUCAACGCUGGCGAGCGUGUCGUGGUCAAUAACUGUGCGUUCGGCUACCUGUCACAGCGGAUCGUCUUUUACUUGCUCAAUCUACACAUCAAGUCGCGGCAGACAUACUUUGCGCGUGCUGGUACCACUCGAGAAGAGGACUCGUACAAAGCCGACGCGGAUCUGUCACCUCAAGGAUACGACUAUGCGAAGAAGAUGAGCGAAGUGCUGCUGAAGUACCGUGAGGAGGAAAGGCAGAAGAUGAUUGAAUCAGGCGCGCCUGAUGCCUCGCUCAAGCCUUUGACAAUCUGGACAUCUACACGUCGGCGUACUGUACAGACAUCCGAACACUUGGCCUCGAUGGGCUAUCGUGUGAGACAGAGAUCGCAGAUGAGUCAGAUGAAUCCAGGUGUAUGUGAAAAAAUGUCCGAGGCGAAGAUUCGGGAAGAAUUCCCGGAAGAAGUCAGGAAGCAUGAGGCGGAUCCGUAUCAUCAUCGGUACCCGCGCGCAGAGUCGUACCACGACUUGGCGGUGCGUAUGGAGCCAAUCAUUCUCGAGCUCGAGCGUGAAGAAAACGACCUUCUCAUCAUCGCGCACGAGUCUGUCCUCCGUGUGCUGUACGGAUAUCUAAUGGCGUGUAAUGCAGCCGACAUUCCCAAGCUCCAGUUCCCCCGUGACGAAAUCAUAGAGAUCAUCCCGUCGAGCUACAACAACGUUGCUAAACGCAUCAAGAUUCCUAAUCUCCCCGAAUCCAUGGUCCCCGGUAGUCCUGAAGAUAUUCAAAUCCCCGUUCCUCCAAGCGGUGCGGCAAGCCCGCUGCCCUCUGCAGACUCUGGAGCCGCCACCCCACAACAAACAUCACAGCAGCCUCUUCAGCUCAAGAAGAACUUUGUCAAUCCUUCUGAUUGA